AUGGCCAAGGACAAGUCCGCGACAAGCGAAGAUAACUAUGAAGCCAGACUUCCUGCAGUUCUGCCUUUCGCUCUACCGCUAGCUUCUAAGAAACUAAACAAGAAGGUACUCAAAACCGUCAAGAAGGCUUCCAAAGCCAAGAACGUGAAAAGAGGUGUUAAGGAAGUUGUCAAAGCACUCAGAAAAGGUGAAAAGGGUUUGGUAGUAAUUGCCGGUGACAUCUCGCCUCCAGACGUCAUUUCUCACAUCCCCGUGCUAUGUGAAGACCAAUCAGUGCCUUAUGUUUUUGUGCCUUCCAAACAGGACCUUGGGUCUGCCGGUGCUACCAAGAGACCAACUUCUGUUGUCUUCGUGGUGCCAGGAAGCAGCAAGAAGAAGGACGGCAAGGCCAAGGAAGAGGAGUACAAAGAAGCGUUCGAUGACGUCGUCAAGGAGGUCAAGUCUUUGUGA